AUGUGGGUUUUUUUAUUUAUUUUAAAUUGUUGCCAUAUCGCUUCUAAUAGUAAGACUAGUAGAUCUCUAGACCUGGCUGAACGACAGAAGACCCCCUUGCAAGUUGCCGCGUUACCUAUCGCUCACUUUGGGUGGUGCUCGCCAGGAAUGCAAUGCUCUCCAUCUGCCGUUUUCGAGUACAUCCAACAACAACAGCAUCAGAAACAUAUGCUUCGCUCGCCUUUCCACAUGACCCGAUGCAUUGGGAAUUGGCGUAGAAGAUAUGAACCUCCAAAGUUCGAUUUGGAUCUUACGUCGACGAAAUAA